CCCAGCUGGAGUUCGUCCAGAUCUUGGUGAUCGUGGUGGUCAUGAUGGUCAUGGUGGUGGUGGUCACCUGCCUGCUGAACCACUACCGCCUGUCGGCGCGCUCCCUCCUCUCCAGGCAGGCCCAAACGCGCAGGAGACACCUGCCGCUCGCCAGCGAGGUGGGUCAGUGGUCCUCUGAGGGCACAGGGGCGAGCGGUGGUCUGAAUGAGCAUCAGGUGUACAACCCUCGCCCUCCGGACCGAGGAGUCUCCUCCUACCUGCAGCGAGACCCUCAGCACAGCCAUUCCCAACCUCCUCUCCAAACGCAGCGCUUCCAGCACACGUACGCCCCGAGCCGGUUCCAGCCGACGUACCCCUACCUGCCCCAGAGCCUCAUCGAUCUGCCCCCCACCAUCUCGCUCUCAGACGGCGAGGAGCCUCCGCCCUACCAGGGUCCCUGCACCCUGCAGCUCAGAGACCCCGAGCAACAGAUGGAGCUGAACCGCGAGUCGGUCCGGGCUCCUCCGAACCGCACGGUGUUUGACUCCCACCCCCUGGACCCCUCCAACUCCUGCCUGCAGGCCAG